AUGUUUGAUACGUUUGGGAAAAUUGAUUUUGACGAAAGAGGUAACAAUCAACUUAUAAUUACUCCAGAUGAUAUUAUUUAUCAAACCCAUAUUCCAAAACAACAUAAAACCUAUACGAUUGAAGAAGCUGUAGAGGCCUAUGGUUUUGGAAGGUUUCAAUUCCGUGUGAUUAUCAUUUGCGGGAUAUUGCAAGCCGCAAAUGCUAUGGAGAUGUUAUUAUUAUCAGUAUUAGGACCAACACUUCGUUGUGCUUGGCAUUUAGACUCCUCUCAAGUGGCUCUUAUAACAAUGGUUGUCUUUCUUGGCUUCUUCUUUGGAGCUCCAGUGUGGGGUCUUUUCUCCGACAAAUUUGGAAGAAAGCGGUGUUUUCUAGUCGUUCUUCUUUGGGUGUCUUACGCCGGUUUGGCUACUUCACUGAGUCCAAAUUUUAUCUGGUAUACGCUGAUGUCAGAAUUCCUCUCGAUUAAGUAUCGCGCCAAGGUAUUGAUUGGCAUUUCUAUCUUUUGGGCGAUUGGAAGCACCCUAGAGAUCGGAUUGGCCUUCGUAGUUCUCCCUAAACUGGGUUGGCGGUGGUUGGUCUUUUUUUCAGCCAUGCCUCUGGUCGUCUUCUGUUUUCUAAUCCCGUUUCUUCCAGAAUCAGUGCAUUACCUGAUGACGGCAAAUAGGAAGAAAGAGGCGGGGGAAGUGGUUAAGAGAAUGGCCUUGUUGAAUAAAUGUGUCCCAUUAGAAGGUGAACUCAUUCAUUCCACCUCUGCAACUACGGAAGUUGAAUUGGGAAAACUUUCACACCUAUGGGCUCCUGGAUAUCGGAUGCUCUCGGUAAUGCAGCCAUUUCUGUGGUUUGGAACGGCAUUCAGCUAUUAUGGUAUCAUUCUAAUCAGUUCCACUCUAUUCAAUGUGAAAGGGACCUGCUAUAAAGAAUUAGUUCAACACUCCGAUUACAAUGGUUUUUCGUUAAACAAAACUGUUGUAGUGGGCCAAUCCUGCUGUGCGGCCAUUAACAAUGACGAUUAUCUCUCCAUGCUGGUAUCUUCAUUGGGAGAAUUUGCAGUUAUCCCACUGAUUAUAAUUACUAAUGAAUGUCUCGGAAGACGAACAUCCAUGGGGUUGAUCGCAGUCCUAUCCGCUCUGCUCUUUGUGAUUCUCGAUGUUUGCAUGCCCAAGGCUGUUGCUAUUGGCGUCCUCUUCGCCAUAAGAGCGUUUGCUUCUGGGAUGUUCUCAAUUGUUUACCCAACUACAAUAAGGUCACUAGGACAGGGAGUCUGCAAUUCAUUUGCCCGACUGGGAGCUAUGUCUACCCCCUACGUCGCUGAAGUCAUUAUGUCGGACGUAUCUACGCUCCUCGGCCUUUCGCUCUACAGUAGUGUUUGCCUUCUGUGCGCAAUUAUUGCCUUUUUCCUACCAAUCGAAACUAAAGGUCGUGUUCUCCAGAGUUCUAUCGCCGAUACAAUCGAAGUACGAUUUCACAAAUCACCUUCCCAUUCCAAUACACCCAAACCUACACCACUAAUAAGAACCUAG